AUGGCAAACGGACUCAAAAACCCUUUCAUAAGCAAUACCCCGGUGUCGUCACCAGUGAAGCAGAGGACGAAAAGUGGCAAGCGGGUGUCAAAACAAGAUGGGUCGACUUCAAGUCUGUCAUCGGCACAGUCAUCUCCUGUCAGAAGGCCUAGGCUAAACAACGUGGGAUACACAGAUAGAUAUUUGCCCAAUAGAACCGAUAUGGACUUGAGAUCUAUGAUUUCUGUAGGAUCCACGAGUCUCCCUGGGCUUCAGCCGUCCCUUUCGGACAAUCAAUUGGAAUUGAGAAAAGAGCAAGAGGCCUAUGAGACUUUUGAUGCGGUUUUGAAGAACGAACUGUUUGGGGAAAAGCUCAGUAAAGACCUGAAUGAGCCCGCGGAUAGUAUAGAAAAAAUCCAGUAUACAUCUUCGACGUCUCAUCCGGAGCCUACGACACCACCAAGAUCGCAUGCUACAUCUGAAGGGAAUUCGGUCGUCUCCCCAAUCUUAUCAAGCCCCGCAACACCGCGAAGACUUGUUUUCGAUCACCACCAGAAACCCAGCACGACUUCUGCCAGAGGUGCCAGUCUUCUUACUUACUGUGAGAGGACUAAUUCGCGGCCGUCUACAGCUUCAUUGAUCCAAAGCCAAUUUUCAAGCUCGGCUUCGCCAGUACGACCUGACUCAAAGAAACUGCUACUACAGCCCACUAAGAAAAUCAGACAAAUCGCAAAAAUUCCAUACAGAGUUCUCGACGCCCCUUCAUUAGCGGACGAUUUUUACUAUGAUCUUAUAGACUGGUCAAGCACGGAUAUACUUGCUGUGGCCUUAGGCAAGUCCAUUUUUUUGACGGACAAUAAAACAAACGACGUAGUCCAAUUGGCAAGUACGGAUGAUGAGUACACCAGUUUAAGCUGGGUGGGGGCGGGCUCUCACCUGGCCGUGGGGCAGCUCAACGGUUUGGUUAAGAUAUUUGAUGUUGAGAAAAGAAAAUGCAUUAGGACAAUUCCAGGACAUAUUGAUCGCGUUGCCUGUUUGUCGUGGAACAAUCACAUAUUGAGUUCAGGGAGUCGAGACCGCAGGAUUCUGCACCGCGAUGUCAGAACUCCUGCCCCGUGUUUCGAAGAACUUCAUUCGCAUUCGCAGGAAGUUUGCGGAUUGAAAUGGAAUGUAGAAGAGAACAAGCUCGCUUCGGGCGGCAACGAUAAUCUAGUUUUCGUUUACGACGGGGUUUCUCGCAAUCCGACUUUGAAGCUAUCUGAGCACACAGCAGCUGUCAAAGCGAUGGCAUGGUCUCCUCACAAGCGGGGUACUUUGGCAACGGGUGGUGGUACGGCUGACAAAAAGUUGAAAAUCUGGAAUGUCAGAACGGGCAGCAAGAUCCACGAUAUGGAUGCUGCUUCACAAGUCUGCAAUAUGGUUUGGUCGAAGAACACGAAUGAAAUCGUUACUUCACACGGAUACUCGAAAUACAAUUUGACUCUAUGGGAUGGUAAUACAUUAGACCCUGUCGCGAUUUUAAAAGGACAUAGUUUCAGGGGCUUGCACAUGACGUUGUCAGCCGAUGGUACGACUAUAGUUUCCGGAGCUGGUGACGAAACUUUGAGGUACUGGAAACUAUUCGAAAAACCAAAACCGCAGCUUCAACCCACAUCGGCUUUACUUAACGCUUUUAAUCAGCUAAGGUAG